AUGACAACGGGUACCGUCGGCCGUCAUCCAGCUUACUCCCCGGCUCUCCGUCUCACGAAACACUCCACCUUGCUAGUUUUACCUGAUUUCGCAGCUGGCCAUGCUGCGCCUAUAUUUGAGAUCUUCCGCGCCUCUUGGUCGAUACCGCAAGUUCGCUCUCCGCUAUCGGCACGCAGCCCAGACACGCCCAUGUCUCCAACGCCGCAGUUUCUCCAGUUCUACCGUAUCAUUUCCAACGGCAUCACAAUUCAAUCGGUCGGACUUCACAAACCAACCGUGGAGCGUGUCGCCGUCUACAAUCAUUACCAACGCGUUCAGGAGCUUCAGCGACGCGAAGAAGAGGCCGCGGAACUGGUGGCCAAACGAGCGCGCCGGGAAUCAGUUGAGCACCGUCAUCCUGUGGAGGACGAAUUUCCUGGUCAGCAACGGACUGCCCGUCUUCCCCCAGAAUCUACCCUGUCGUCCCCUACCGACCAAGCCGAGCUAAACGACUCAUCGCCGCUACAAUUGGAAAAGUCCAAUAUUCUCUUGUUAGGUCCAUCUGGUGUUGGAAAGACACUGAUGGCCAAGACAUUGGCCCGUGUCCUAUCAGUGCCGUUUAGCAUUUCUGAUUGCACCCCGUUCACUCAGGCGGGAUAUAUUGGGGAGGAUGCCGAAGUGUGCGUGCACAAGUUAUUGGCUGCCGCGAACUACGACGUCGAACAAGCAGAGCGGGGGAUUAUCGUACUGGAUGAGGUGGACAAAAUUGCAGCAGCCAAGGUUACCCACGGCAAGGACGUCAGUGGUGAAGGAGUGCAACAAGCGUUGUUGAAGAUUAUUGAGGGCACGACAGUACAAGUGCAAGCAAAGCAAGAGAAGAGCGCCCCUCGUCUAGGUGGCACUCCCAACAGUUUUCCGUCCAACAGUCCCCUUGGAAACCCCCCAUACCCCCCAUCCGGGGGCGGGAAUAUGCCCCAGAAGGGCGAGGUCUACAACGUACGAACAGACAACAUCCUAUUCAUCUUCUCAGGUGCUUUUGUUGGACUCCACAAAGUGAUCAUGGAUCGGAUAUCGCGCGGAUCGAUUGGCUUCGGUCAGCCAGUCCGUUCGCCGACAACGUCAAACGAAGGCUCCGCCGAAGCUCGUGCCUCAAACCACCAGCCAAUUCCUAUCUUACCGGGUUCGGAAGAAGAGGCUCUGUACAAGAGACACCUUCCGUUCUUCACGUCCGCCGCGGCAGAAUCGUCCGACGGCGAGCCCCCAUACUUCAACGCGUUGGACCUCCUCAACCCCACGGACCUUCAGAACUACGGCUUCAUCCCAGAACUAGUCGGCCGAGUCCCAGUUACGGCAGCGCUUUCCACCUUGACCCAGCCCCUACUUGUGCGCAUCCUCACCGAACCGCGCAACUCCCUCAUAGCGCAGUACACUACUCUGUUCUCCUUGUCAGGCAUUGAACUCCGCUUCACAACACCCGCCCUGCAUAAAAUUGCUGGCAAUGCUUUCACAAUGGGCACGGGAGCACGCGCUCUACGAACGGAGCUGGAGACGAUCCUCAGUGAUGCCAUGUUCGAAACUCCAGGGUCCAGUGUGAAGUUCGUGCUGGUCACGGAAGCUGUUGCAAAUCGCGAAGAAAAGCCCAUCUAUCUCGCCCGCGGCCAAGGUGGCCGGUUCCAUUCAAUGAUAGCCGCGGAAGAGAGUCGCUGGGAGGAGAAAAUGCGCCAAGAGAAGAAGGCAAAAGAACGAUCAAAAGCCCAGAACUCCACUACGUCGGAAGAGCAUCCUAUCUCUAAUUUCCGCGAUUACCGCACCCGAGCGGUUGGGCUGUAG